CCUUCCGGGCGCUCGGGGACAUAUUGUCUCUGUUUAGGAUAUCUUGGCAGUGUGUGCGCUUAACCCCUGGCGGGCCGAGAGCCCGCAGCUUCUGGCUUCCGCUUGGUUAGAGGGACCAUGGUUUUCGGUCCGGGCAGCGAUUUUUUUUUGUUGUUGUUGUUGUUGGGUUAAAGUGUUUCAGGGAGGUGACAGAUCGUUGCCGGAGUGUGUAGAAGGUAAGUUGGAGGUGGGCUUUUUGUAACGAAACUGUUUUGUUUCCUUAAUGUAGAUGGUCAGUAGAACAGAGGGUAACAUCGAUGACUCGCUCAUUGGUGGAAAUGCUUCCGCCGAAGGCCCAGAGGGCGAAGGUACCGAAAGCACAGUAGUCACCGGUGUGGACAUUGUCAUGAACCACCACUUACAAGAAACCAGCUUCACAAAAGAGGCCUACAAAAAGUACAUCAAAGAUUACAUGAAAUCACUCAAAGGCAAACUUGAAGAGCAGAAACCAGAAAGAGUAAAGCCUUUUAUGACUGGGGCUGCCGAGCAAAUUAAGCACAUCCUUGCUAAUUUCAAUAACUACCAGUUUUUUAUUGGUGAAAACAUGAAUCCAGAUGGCAUGGUUGCUCUUCUGGACUACCGUGAAGAUGGUGUGACUCCAUUCAUGAUUUUCUUUAAGGAUGGCUUAGAGAUGGAAAAAUGUUAACAAAUUGGAUCUAUCACCUGUCACCAUAACCGACUGCUGCUUACCAUCCAUACAACACCAGGACUUAGGACAAAUGGGACUGAUAUCAUCUUGAGCUUUUAUUUUGACCAUGAUUUAUUUGGAGUGGAGACAUUGUUUUUUUCUUUUUCUCUUUUUUUUUUUUUUUUAAAGAAAAAACAUGUCAUGUAGGUUGUCUAAAAAUAAAGUGCAUUUAAAUUCA